AUGGCCCCGUCAAUUCCGUCAGUCAUUGCCCGGCCUCUUACCCGGGGCACCGAUAUAAUUCGCGGAGCUCUAGGAAGCCUGACCUGGGGGCCGGCCUUGGCUAUUGCCAAGCCGGCUGUGCUUUCUGUCUUCUCUAAACUCGAGAUUGGUACAUUGUUAUUAGUUGACGAGCCUGCAGGGACAAGAAUGGUCUAUGGGGAGAGACUUUCUUCGAAGGGCGCAAAAGCUAUCAAUGGAGAUCCUCCACUUAGGAAAGCAGACAUAGUUCCUCGGGUUGAAAUAAGAGUGAAAAAUGAUGCUUUUUGGAUGAGGUUGCUUCUUUUUGCUGAUAUGGGGUUUGCGGAAUCAUACAUGCUGGGCGAAUUUGAAUGCGCCGAUUUGACAGCAUUCUUUCAGCUCUUUAUUGCAAACCGAGACCAGUUAAGCAACGGCACUACGAUAUUCUCCUCAGUAUCUGGGACGAUAUCGAGUAUUGCUCGAACUACAAAUACGCUGUCAAACGCGCUCUUGAAUGUCACCGCUCAUUAUGAUAUUAGUAAUGACAUGUUCGCGGCUUUCCUCUCAAAAGACAUGACUUACUCGUGUCCUAUUUGGCAAACCCAAGUAUCUCCUAGCGAACCGGAAGAAAGUCUUGAAGAGGCACAGAUGACCAAAUUAAAACGGUUCAUCGACGGCGCUAGGAUCAAGUCUACUGAUCAUGUUCUAGAGAUUGGCACAGGUUGGGGGUCUUUCGCUAUCGAGGCAGUUAGAAAGACUGGCUGCCGAGUAACAAGUCUGACGUUGUCAAAAGAACAAAAGAGACUAGCAGAACAGCGGAUCGAUGAAGCAGGAUUCUCAAACCGGAUAGACGUGCAACUACUCGACUACCGUAGCUUACCAGAUACGGCGGUUUUUGAUAAGAUUGUCUCUAUAGAAAUGUUGGAAAACGUCGGUGCAGAAUACAUGAGUACAUAUUUCGCAUGUGUCGAUCGGCUGUUGAAGAAGAAGGGCGGCAUUGCCAUGUUUCAGUGCAUCACGAUGCCGGAAGGGAGACACGAGGCCUAUUCCAAGUCCGAAGAUUUUAUAAACAAGCAUAUUUUCCCUGGCGGUUAUCUUCCGUCCAUUAUCCAGCUCCUUAACCACAUCUCGAAGGAGUCCAAGGGGACGCUAAUCAUAGAGCGGGUUGAGAACAUUGGAGGCCACUAUGCGAAGACGCUGCGUCUCUGGAGGGAGAAUUUUAUGCUCAACUUCGAGUCUAGGAUUCGACCGGCGCUGGAGGCGGAACAUCCACGUAUGACAACGCGGGAGGUGGAAGUGUUUAGACGGAAGUGGGAGUACUAUUUCGCCUAUUGCGAAGCAGGGUUCGUGACGAAGACCUUGGGCGACGUCAUCAUUACCGUUGGAAGAGAGGGCGCGAUGGAAUUGAUGGAGGAUAUUCCCGUUUAA